UAAAUCAUAUAAAUUUGAAACAACCCCCACGAUAUAAUUAGUAGAUUGUGGCAACCUUCCAAGAUGUUAAAACCGUGGGUUACCCUUCUUUUCGGGAUCACACUAGCUGCAGCAGAAAUCUACGACCGAUAUAAACUGUACGAGGUCAGUGUAAGAAACGAGAACGACGUCCAGCUGCUGGUAUUCCUCCAACAGCACAGACCCGCCAUUGACGUGUGGUCACUGAACAAAUUUGGUCCCAAGCGAGUUCUCGUCCCACCGGAAGAACAGAAAACGGUCGAACACUUUUUAGCCCAUUACAAUCUUGGUUACAGCACUCUGGACGAAGAUUUUGGAAAGAACUACACCGCGAAUCAACAGAAGUCGGAACAUUUGGAAUAUCAAACCUUCCAGAACAGCUUCGCAACGUACGAAGAAAUCGGUGAUCAUCUGAUGCAACUGUCGAGAGAACACUUCGAAUGGCUCCGAGUUCGGACGAUCGGUUGGUCUGUUGAAGGAAGGCCUAUUCGAGCGAUCACGAUCAACCCGACGAAGCAGGACACGAUCAUUUUGGACGCAGGAAUACACGCCAGGGAAUGGAUCACUGUGUCCACCGCGCUCUACGUGAUCAAGAAGCUUAUAGAGGAUAGCGAUCAGUAUCGCAUUCUACAUGAGUACAAAUGGGUGAUCGUACCGUUGGUCAACCCGGACGGGUACAUAUACUCGAUGGAAACGGACCGCUACUGGCGAAAAAAUCGUCGAAGGCUAAGUGAGAAUUGUUAUGGGGUUGAUUUGAAUCGUAAUUUUGGCUACCACUGGGAGGAAGGGUCUGACAUUUAUUCGGAGCAAUGCCAUCCGCAGUUCCGUGGAUCAGCGCCUUUCUCGGAGCCGGAAGCGCGAGCGCUUCGUAACGUUCUCGAUAACAAUGAUGACGCCAAGUUGUACAUCAAUUUGCAUAGUUACGGCGGCUUCUUCAUCUAUCCGUGGAGCUACCAGAACGAGCCGGUGAAGAAUGCUGCCACUUUCCGAAAGGUUGGCGUUAGUGCUGCUCGCGGAGUGUGGCAGUACAGCCGGCACGAGUACAAGGUGGGUUCGAGUGCUGAUAUUCUUCGCUACAAAGCUAGCGGAACCAGCAUUGAUUACGCGUAUUCGAUUGGGAUUGCACUGCCUUUUGCGCUGGAAAUAAUCGAGUUUGGCUACAGUGAUUUUCAACCUCCACCAAGUGCGAUCGAUCAGAUUGUGAAGGAGUCCUUUGUUGGCAUCAAGGAACUGGUUUACGCGAUGAGAAAACUGAAUCAAACCCGUGCAAACAAAAAUUAGCGAUGAAGUGUAUGAAGUGUAUAAUUUUUACAUGCCAAGUACAAAUGCGAUGUUUUACUUGACAUGUUUUCCCUGGAUCAGUACCCGGGCGCCUUUGAAACGUAUUGUUAGGAUCGCGAUUGAUUACGAAUGAAAUACUACAAAAUUAGAUUUUGGACCUAACCAAUAAAUGCGAAAAAUCAAACAAUGA